AAUUGCCCCGCGCCUCAGGCCCGCGGGUCCGCGUCCUGGCUACAUGGCCGUGCUCGGCGUGCAGCUGGUGGUGACUCUGCUCACUGCCACCCUCAUGCACCGGCUGGCCCCGCACUGCUCCUUCGCCCGCUGGCUGCUCUGCAAUGGCAGCCUCUUCAGAUAUAAGCACCCGUCCGAGGAAGAGCUGCGGGCGCUGGCCGGGAAGCAGAGACCCAGGGGCCGGCGGGAGCGAUGGGCCAAUGGCGUCGGUGAGGAGAAGCCCCUGUCAGUGCCCCGAGAUACUCCUUUCCAGCUGGAUACCUGCCCGAUCACGGCGGUGGACGCUCUGGUGCUGCGCUUCUUCCUGGAGUACCAGUGGUUCGUGGACUUUGCUGUAUACUCGACUGGCGUGUACCUGUUCACUGAGGCCUACUACUGCGCACGGGGCCCGGCCAGCGAGCCCAACAUUGCCGUGCUCUGGUGUCUGCUCAGCGUCGCCUUCUCCCUCAGGGUGUUCCUGACUGUGACCCGGCUGUACUUCAGCGCCGAGGAGGGCGGUGAGCGCUCCGUGUGCCUCACCUUUGCCUUCGUGUUCCUGCUGCUGGCCAUGCUGGUCCAGGUGGUGCCCGACACCACCCUGGAGCUGGGCCUGGAGCCAGGCAUGGCCAGCAUGACCAGGAACUUGGAGCCACUCCUGAAACCCCAGGGCUGGGACUGGGCGCUGCCUCUGGCCAAGCUGGCCAUCCGCGUGGGGCUGGCCAUGCUGGGUUCCAUGCUGGGCGCCUUCCUCACCUUCCCUGGGCUGCGGCUGGCCCAGACCCACCGGGACGCGCUGGUCAGGGCAGAGGACCAGCCGCUGCUGCAGCUGCUCUUGCACCUGAGCUUCCUGUCCCCCCUGUUCAUCCUGUGGCUCUGGACCAAACCCAUCGCGCGGGACCUCCUGCAGCAGGCGCCCCUCAGCGGAGCCACCAUCUCCCUACUGUCAGACUCGGCCUUCGACUCGCUGCGCCUCUGGGUGCUGGUGACGCUGUGCCUGCUGCGGCUGAUGGUGACCCGGCCGCACCUGCAAGCCUACCUCUGCCUGGCUAAGGCCCGCGUGGAGCAGCUGCGGCGGGAGGCUGGCCGCAUUGAGGCCCGCGAGGUGCAGCGGCGGGUGGUGCGUGUCUACUGCUAUGUGACGGUGGUGAGUCUGCAGUACCUGACGCCGCUCAUCCUCACUCUCAACUGCACGCUGCUGCUCAAGACACUGGGCGGCUACUCCUGGGGCCUGGGGCCCACCUUCUCGGCAUUCCCAGUUUUUUCCUCAGCGGCCGAUGAGCAGCUGGACCCCAUGAGGGAUGAGAUCCAGCAGACAGCGGAUCGCAUCGCCGGGGCCCUGGGCGGGCUCUUCACGCCGCUCUUGCUGCGCGGUGUGCUGGCUUUCGUGGUCUGGUGGACAGCUGCCUGCCAGCUUCUCUGCAGCCUCUCUGGCCUGUACCUGCAGCAGCACCUGGCUAGCUGCUAGUGGACUCUGUCAGGGACCUCUUGGCGAGGUCGCAUGUGCCUUGGUGUCCCCAGGGCAAGGGGGAUGGAGUGCCUGAGCCACAGUUAGGGGCCCCAGAAAGGCCUGGACAUGUUCCUCCGGGUUCAAGGCCUCCAGGGCACGCUUUUAGGGCUGCUGUGCCGAUAGAGGUGAGGUUGUUCUUCUGAUCAAUAAAGGCGCAGCUGGUGCUUUUUACAAAAGGGACUGAGCCAUUUCCAGAGUCGAGCCAUGUUCUCUUCCGGGGCUGGAGGGCAUCCCAGGAUGCUGGUGGGACUCCUGUAUGGACACUGCCACCCCCCACGCUGGUGGGAUUCCUGUAUGAUACUGCCUCCUCCCCUCCCUCCCUGCAGUGUCAGCUACACCUCCCAAUAUAUCCCUUAACCUUUACCAGCAAUUUCCAUUCUGGAAGUUGUACCACAAGCUUACUGGCACAUGACCCAGCGAGGCACAAACAAGAUUGUUUUAGAAAGGGCAGGGAACUCAAGUCUGUCUCAGAGUCCAUUAAGUGAUUUAUGUUGGACUUCAGGUAAAGCUUGAUCCAGGAAGCCCAGCCAGUGUUACCAAGACUCCUGCCUUUGGCCUCACCUCUGCUCCACCAAGCUUGUCUCUGGGGUUGGUUCCUGCAACAGUGCCCAUCUAACUGCACAAAUGUAUCCAGAAACUUGUAAAGGAACUUUAACCUGGUUUGGAAGUCACAGUGAGGCAGGUGGGACUGGGGCCAGCCUUGAAAGGACAUGAACAUGAGAAGUCAUUUUACUUUUUAUUAAAUAUAUUCUCUUGGCACAAAUCUUUAAAAUAUAUAAACAUUAUAUAUAAACAAAGUGUCUUCAUGGCAUCAAAAUGUAACUCCAGACCAGGAGAGCAGCAGGUGGGGGAGAGGGGGCAGGUCAGGGCCUGCAAAGCAUGGGGGAGGGCUACUUAGGGCCCCCAGCUGGCAGCUGCUGAGAGGCACAUGGGGACAGCAGGAUGGGACCCUCCAACCCAGUGUCCAUUUGGUCUGACCACCUGGGGGGGCACCAGGACUCCUCUGCCAUCUCUCGCCAUGGCACUUGUGUGCCCAUCCCAUGGCUCCUGGUGGGCAUGGCACUGGGCAAGGCUGGAGAGGGGCAGAAAUGGGGUUCCCACAGAUUAGACCCCACCUGCUGCCUGGGACUCCUGGGGCCUAGCGGGGCUGGCCAGUGGGGAAGGAUGGGCAGAGGUUGGGGUGUGCGAGGAUGGGGCUGGCCAGACCUGGGACCACGGGAUGGCAGAGAGGUGAUUCGGUACCACUGACUGGCCGACCAGGGGUAACAGGAGGGGAGGGCAACUUCUAAGUUCUUUGUGUGACUGGCUCCCGGCGGACACUCUAGAUUACCCUGACUUCCAGGCUCCCUGCCCUGCCACAGACCCUGUUUCAGGGACUCCCAGUGUGGGAGGGUCUGAACCUCUGCAGGAUGAGCCCCUUUCCACGGAAAUAAAACCGGCCUGCAGGUCUGAAGGACCCUGGGGGCACAUUCAGGGGCCUCCAGAUCAGUCUCCCUCCAACAACAGAGGCCCAGCUGCGCACAGGGGGGCAGAAAGCAGGAGGGCUCUGUUGGGGGGGGGGGUUGUU